UCUAAGGGGCGCGGGGGAUGAUGGGAGAUGGAGUCGCGGGUAUAACGGGCUCUAUGGGGAGCGGGGCAUUAUGGGCGAUGGGGUCGCGGGUAUAAUGGGCUCAAUGGGGCACGGGGCAUGAUGGGAGAUGGAGUCGCAGGUAUAACGGGGCUCUGGGGCGCGGGAGAUGAUGGGAGAUGGAGUCGCUGCUUUAAAGGGGCUAAGUGAGGCCGCGGGGCAUCACGGGAAAUGGAUGCAUGGCCGUAAGUGCGCGCAAUGGGCGCCGCGGGGCAUGAUGGGAGCUGUAGUCCCGGAAUUCUUUGUAACGGAGCAGUUGGGGGUCCUGGAGGGCAGGUGUGGGUCUACAGGGGCACCUGGGGGGAUUCUGUGGGGUCGGGAAGCCCCUGGGGGCACCUGGGGAACUCUGAGGGGUCUCCGUGGGGCUCAGGACGUGACGGGAAUUGUCGGGCCGGAACUCGGCUCUGAGGGGGUCUCUGUCGCCGCGGGGCAUGACGGGAGCUGGACUCCUAGCUUUAACGCCGCUCCGUGCGUGCCGCGGUGCAUGGUGGGAUCUGUAGUCCCUUAGGUGGCGCUCGAAGGCCUCUGUGUGGUUUGGGGCAUCUGGGCGUUCGAGGAGGCGUUCGGGGGUCCCGAAUGGGCUCGGGGGGGCUCUCGGGGGUCCCGCAGGGUCUGGGGGGCUCCUGUGAGGCUCAUGGUAGCGGAUAAGGGGAGCGCUGUGGAGCGCGGGGCCUGACGGGACUUGUAGUUAGGCCGCCAUGGAGCCGCUGUGCAUGACGGGGCUUGUAGGCUCAAAGUCGCUAAAAGGGCGCCGACACCAGGCCCCGCCUCCAGGUGCUGUUCCCGGGUGCUGAUUGGUUGCAGACAGUGAUGGGCGGGAGCCUCAGCCAAUGGGAGGCGGCAGAGGCGGGACCAGCCCAUUCAACCCCUCCAGUCCCUCCCAGUAAAACCCAGUUCAUCCCAGUCCAGGCUAGUUCCUCCCAGUACAGCCCCAGUGCCCCUCCAGUCCCUCCCAGUGCAGCCCAGUUUGCCCCUGUGCCUCCCAGUAUCUCCCAGUUCUACCAGUGCCACUCCCAGUUCGUCCCAGUCCAUCCCAGUUUGUCCCAGUGCAUCCCAGUGCCACUCCCAGUCUGUCUCAGUGUUCCCAGCAUCCCCCAGUGUCACUCCCAGUUCAUCCCAGUAUCCCCCAGUUCAUCCCAGUCCUUCCGCGGCCAAACCUCUCCCCCGCCCCCAUAUUUGGCCACGCCCCUUCCAUUGGCCACGCCCCCUCAUUCCGUGCCCCGCCCCCUCCCAUUUCUCCCCCGCCCCCAUUUCCAGUUCCCGCGGCUGCUCUGGGAAGGGAUCAAAGGUGACGGAAUGGAGUGGGAACAGCUCCGGGAACUGGUGAUACUGGGAGUUCUGUCCCUGGCCAGAGGCGACACCCCGAUGCCUCCAGUCCCUUCCAGUUCGACUGGUGUCACCGGCGCGUCGGUGGUCUCGCGGUGGCCGCAGUGCUGAGCGUGCUGGGGGUCGUCAUCCUGCUCAGUGGGAAGUGCAAGUGCCGGAGCAAGGCCAGCUGAAACCCGGGGACAUUUGGGGACAUUCGGGGACAAUUUGGGGACACUUGGGGACAUUUGGGGUCAUCGGGGGAUUUGGGGACG